UCGACGGAUUCGGUGUGUACUUGCAGCAAUUAUUCCGUGUGAUUAACGUUAUUUGUACAUGUUCAAUUUGUGGAAGCAAAAGUGUGCGAGAGAGAUAGAAGUUCGGUAGAUAAUAAAUAUUCAAAACAGAAAAAAAAAAUAUAACAAGACUGAAUGGUUAUCACUUUUGUGAAGCAGUGAUAUAGGAAAGAUACAUCGAGCAGAUCCAAUCCAAAUCGCGCACUCUCACUACGAAGACAUUCGCAUUGUGUUAACAAAACAUCUCAGUACAUCUGCAGAAUCUCGCCAAAUAACCUGUGAAUUAUUUUAAGUGGUGUGUAAUUAUGUUAUCAAAAACUACUCCAGAUAAAGUAUGUCCAUGCAACUGUCCAACAGGUCUUGGCGACUUCGGUGAAGGAACAAGCAGAAAUAAAGCCACCUCUCUCACAGCGAUCAUGAACUUCAACACGGAUCGAAAACAUCCAAGAGACAUAAACUCGAACAACAACAGCUCUCAAAACAACAAAUCCCUCGAAAUCCGUAAAGAAGAGGUGAUGGCAAUCAGGAACCGUUUCCCCACCAAAAUCCCGAUUAUCGUAAAUAAGUUCGUCAAAGAAACGAACCUCCCAACAUUGGAUAAAACAAAGUUCCUGGUCCCGCAAGAAAUAACGAUGGCGCAGUUCCUGACGAUAAUCAGAAACCGCAUGAGCAUCAACCAAACUCAGUCGCUCUAUUUAUUAGUGAACAAUCGUUCGAUGAUCAGCUUAACUUCCACCUUGUCCGAAAUCUACGGUGAAUUCCAAGGAGAGGACGGAUUCUUAUACAUAACGUACGCGUCUCAAGAAGUAUUUGGAGGCACGGGACCACGACCAACCUCUUCAACGCAUUGUCUUCACUCCUCCUUCGACAACAAGCAAAUCCGAUGAAUUCAUCAAACAAGGCAAAACACAAAUUAACUCUCUCUCUCUCUUUGCGUUCUACUGUAAUCAUCAUCACGCUUUAUUUAUUACUGACUGAUCUUUGUUUAUAUCUCAUAAUUUUAAGAUUAUUAUUUAGGUGUCUAUAAUUGUU